GUUACAUGCAUGCCAUCCCUGAAAUAAAAGAAAUAGAAUUUCUAAAUGGCGGAUUAAAUCGCAUUGCUGUUGUUGAAUUAAUCUUUACGGUGAGUCCUGUCUAGUUUGUUUCUUUCAGUCUUUCUUCCUCUCUCUCUCUGCCGCUCUUCGUCUUCUACGAGGUUUGCCGGUGCUGUUUGAUUUAGGGUUUAAGUGGAGACUUCAGAUGCUCAUUGGGAGUUGAAGACAAAUUUCUUGGACGGAAUGGGAUUUGAUAAUGAGUGCAUACUGAACAUCCAAUCUCUGGCUGGAGAGUACUUCUGCCCUGUUUGUCGCCUGCUAGUCUACCCAAAUGAAGCAUUACAGUCGCAAUGCACCCAUCUUUACUGCAAACCGUGUUUAACCUACGUUGUCAGCACUACUCGAGCUUGUCCUUAUGAUGGUUAUUUGGUAACAGAAGCUGAUUCUAUGCCUCUUGUUGAGUCAAAUCAGGCACUUGCGGAAACCAUUGGGAAGAUCACUGUUCAUUGUCUUUACCAUAGGAGUGGCUGCACAUGGCAGGGUCCGCUUUCUGAAUGUACAGCUCAUUGCUCUGGGUGUGUAUUUGGCAAUUCUCCUGUUGUAUGUAAUCGGUGUGGUGUUCAGAUUGUGCAUCGUCAAGUUCAAGAACAUGCACAAAAUUGCCUUAUGGUGCAGCCUCAGGCACAGAAGGCUGAGGGUGGUCAGGAAAUUUCAGCAUCGGGCACUGCUGCUGCUGCUGAUCAUACUCAGGUUGCUUCUCAGGCCCAGGCAUCUCAAACUACAACAUCCAAUACACCCGUACAGGACCUCAAUCAGCAGGCUAAUCCAAAUCCUCAGUCUCAUGCCAUCUCCCAGGUUGCUAUGGUUACUUCAGAACAGUGGUCUCAACAGCAGCAACAACAGUUUCAGCAAUACUACCAGCAUUAUUCUGGAUAUGACCCGUAUUAUCAACAUUACUAUCCAUAUCAGCAGCAGGCAUUACCACAGCAGCAACCUUUGCAGGUUAAUGCAAAACAAAUGACUGGACACAAUCCAGUGUACCUGCAGACACAACCUCUACCUCAACCAGAGGUUCAGUCGCAACCACAGGCCCAGCCUCAUUCACACUUACCUGAUCAGGUUCCUGUGGCUGCUCAACCGCAGAACCAGGCACCAACCAAUGAACAACAGCAACCUCAGCUUACAAUGCCACCACACUCUCAAAUUCCAGCACAAACUUACCCAACAACCCAGGGCCAUUCACAACCUCAGGUUCAACCACUUCCUCAAGCUCAUCCUCAUCAGCAAUAUGGGCACAUACCUCAGUAUCAGCAGCUUCAUUCCCAGAUGCAACUGCCACAGCCCCAGCUUCAUCCUGCUUCUCAAGCUGAGCCACAGGCUCAGCAGCUUCAGCCUCGGCCCCCUCCCCAGCCCCAGCUUCAGCGACAUCCUCAACCAAGCCAGCCCUUGAAUCCAAAUUUGUUGACUCAGACACAGCACCCUGCAGCCCAGGCAGUGUCUGGUCAUCAGUCUUAUUCACAAUCGCAGCCUCACCAGCAAAUGCAGCUGGUAACACUACAAAAUCCCUUGCAUAUGCCUGCUCAAGGUGGCCUUCAUCCACUGCAACAUCCUGCUGAAAAGCAGAAUUCGUACCCUCAGCAACCUCCUCAGAUUCGCCCGCCCCAAUCUCAUGCUCCAAUUCCAAACCAACAGCAGCCUGGUUUGUUGCCUUUACCUGGUCCUAUGCUGCAACAAGCUCAUUAUCAUUCUCUUCAACAUCCACAUUCAGUUCAACCACAAUCAGUUAUGCAGCCUCCCGGAUCAAUUAUGCCUCAGCAAUAUAUGGAGCAGCAACCUCUGUCAACCCAACCGAUGGGCUUGGUUCAGCCUCAAAUGCAUCAGCAAGGCCCUUUUGUGCAGCAACAACAGUCAUUGCAAUCUCAAAUAUGCCCCCCAGGUCCCCCUCAGUCCUUUCUGCAGCCUCCUCAUGCCUAUCCACAACCGCAGCAAAAUGUUGCAGAAUUGCAUGCUGUGCAGCCCUAUCAAAGACCUAAUCUUGCCGGGAGACCUUUGACACCAAAUCAUGGACUACAAUCACAGCCAUAUCCACUUUCUGCACCUGGGAUGCUGGUUAAGCCUUUGCAGCUUGGUGUGAACCAGCUAUCUUCUUAUCAGAAUAACAUGCUUGGAACCAACAACCAGUCUGGGUUAACUUUGCAACCAAUGUCAGAGGUGCCAGGAGAUCAUGGUACUUUAAAUGUGGUUGAGCAAGAAGCAGAUUUAUCUUCCCAGGGAAUUGCGAAGAAGGAAGCUAAUGUGUUGGAUGUCGCAUCUAGUCUUGGAGCUAAUAUGGUCAACCCUAAUACUUCAAAAUACAAUGCUGAUUUGAAAUCUAUAGAUGAAAAACCUGCCGGUGAUGUUGGGGAUAAUACUAGUGGGUUCGAUAUAUCUACUAAGCUGAUACAAGAAUCUAGAUGGACAGAUCUUGUAUUGAAUAGAGAUACUUUGUCUAAGAAUAUGGCCAAGGGUGAGGCUAUUGAGGACCAGAAAGAUGUUGUCAAUGGUGAACACAAAGUCGAAGAAAAGGCUAAUCUUGGUGAAGAACAGAAUGGGAAGAUGCUGAAAGAAAGAAAUAAAUCUCAAGAUGAAGGUACUGCUAAAGGUCCUGCAGGCAAUGAAUUGACAGGUAUCCCUCCAUGUAGUCAAGUGCAGCCUGGAAGCUUUCUGCAGCCUUCUCAUUCAGUUCCAGUUGUUGACCAGGGAAUACUCCAGCCCCUACAGAUGCCUUAUGGGUCUAAUAGUAACCAACAAAAACCUGCUGCUUCUGCAACAUUACAAGCACAUCCACCAGGACUGCCUUCGUAUGCACAAGCACCAGGACUUCCUCCCAAUCAAGUUAGACCUCAGGCCUCCGGACAGACUUCAGUUCCACCUGAAAAUUUUGCUUCUUCCUUUGGCAGAGGACCAAGUAGUUAUGGUCCUCAAGGGCCUUAUAAUCAAGGUCCUGCUUCUGGUGCUCCUAGGAUGCCUCGAAGUGAAACUCUUGUAUGCCCAGCAUUUGGCACACCAUCAUAUGGCCCUGAAGCUCAUUUGGUUCAGCAGCGUUCUGCAAAUAUGUUGGACUAUCAUGCUGAUAGUGAAAGGUUAAAAAGACAAGAUGAGCAUUUGAAUCCAUACCCUUUGGAUCAUGUUCAUCCUGCUGGUGAUCGAGGACAAUUUGACGAAGAUCUUAAACUAUUUUCUAGGCCUUCUCAAUUGGACACUGAGCCUGUUCCUAAAUAUGGGAGCUACUUCUCCUCAUCCAGGCCUCUUGAUAGAGGUCCUCAUGGCUUUGCUAAGGAUAUGGGACCAUGGGCCCAUGAGAAGGAAACUCGUGGUUUGAGUUUUGAUCCUAUGAUUGGCUCCGGUCAUCCUCGAUUCUUUCCACCAUAUCAUCCUGAUGAUGCAGGGGAAAGGUCAGUUGGUCUUCCUGAAGAUACCCUAGGCAGACCAGAAUUUCUUGGAACAGUUCCUGGCUACGGUCGGCGUCGUAUGGAUGGUUUUGUCUCUAGAAGUCCAGGAAGAGAAUAUUCAGGUGUAUCCUCACACAGAUUUGGAGGAUAUCCUGGUGAUGAGAUAGAUGGCAAGGAGUGUCGGUUCAAUGGUUUUCCUGGGCAUAUACAUAGGGGUGGGUUCGAGAGUUCUGACCACAUGGCAGAGCAUUUUGGUCCAGAUAUUAGACCUCCACACUUUAGAAGGGGUGAACAUUUUGGUCGCAAUAACUUGCCCGGUCAGUUGCAGAUGGAAGGACCUAUUGGCUUUGGUGAUUUUUCUAGCCAUGAACAAAUGGGAGAAUUUGAUGGGCCUGGAAAUUUCCGUCAACCACGACUCGGUGAGCCAGGAUUUAGAAGCAGCUAUUCACUUCCAGAAUUUCCUAAUGAUGGUGGAAUCUAUACAGGUGGUAUGGAUUCAUUUGAAAUUUUGAGAACGAGAAAACCGUUGAGCAUGGGUUGGUGCCGGAUUUGUAAAGUGGACUGUGAAACAGUUGAAGGCUUGGACCUGCACUCACAAACAGGGGAGCACCAGAAGACGGCUAUGGAUAUGGUUGCAAUCAUCAAACAAAAUGCAAAGAAACAGAAACAAACCUCCAGUGAUCAUUCCCUACACAAUGAUUCAAACAAAUCAAAGAAUGCAAAAUUUGAAAGCCGCUCGAAUAAUAUUAAGUCUUGAUAUAUGCUGUCUCAUAGAUUGUGGUUGUUCCCUUAUUGGCUUGGGAUUGAGUUUGUCAGUUUGGUAUUUGGCGCUUAGUGAUGUUGCUGCCAUGUUAAUGGAGAUGGAUUUUGGAACUGAUGUUCAGUGGCAAUUUUUCAAUUCAUCCUCCCUUUUUUGGGCGAAGCAGACAAUGUAACGGCUGAAAGUUCAGUGGGAAGGUUUUGACGCUCAUCUUUUGUAGAUAUGGUUCCUAAGUUUGGCCAUGCCAAAGUGUAGCAUCUCGCUUUCAAUUAUUACAUUAAUGUUAUGAUUCUAUCACAAUACAGAAUUUUACAAGGGUUCAUCAGUUAAAAGGUAUGGGUUUCACUUUCACUUCAUUUCGUGGGUGAUACAAUUCAAGAUUAUGAUUGAUUAAUUGUAUGCGACAGAUAUGCCAUCCAAUAAAAGUGAGCAAGUGGAUUCCUUAGUUUUGCUUCAAAGAUAUGUUAAAAGGAAAAUUAUUUGAUACACUAUUAGUAAGAACAAAAAAAAGAAGUAAAAAUCUAUACCUAUAGUUAAAAAGAAUCCCAAAAGGAUGGCACUUAUAUUAAGUAGGAUACAAUUUCUUUUUAUUUUUUAUUCACCGUUUCAUUUGUUUUCCUGCUCUUCUUUAACUAUCUCGGUGGGUUUCCUUUUUUCAUUUCAGUAAGUUUUUUUUUUUUUUGAGAUUUUCAUUCUUGAUUUUUUGGAUUGCUUCAGGGUUUACCUUAUCGUGGUAGUGGUAUGUUUCUGUUUUUGCUAUGGUUUAUUAUAUCAUGUGGGUGUCAUAUUGGUGACAAUUCCAAUUGCAUGGUUUAAAAAGUUAUUAUAUCAUCUGUUCUAAUAAUGUGUUACCGUUAAAAGAAACAAAUUAGUAACUUUUUUUGCUGAGUAAGGAAAGAUAUUAGUAUGAAAAUAAGGACUCCAUUUUGACAGUUAUAAUACUUAAGAAUGAUCCAAUGGAAGAAUAGACUAAUUUUUUGAUGUUUAUCUCAACUUCUAAAUUGCAAGCACAUCCAAGUUGGUAACAACAAAAUACUCCUCAAAACUAAGGUAUGCUUUUAUGUUUGUCUCUGAACAAAUAAUAACCACCGUAUAUAUUUUAUGUGUUUGCCCCCUUGAAUGCCAAAAUUGAAUUAUUAUAUAUAUCUUAUAUCAUAUGUUUUGCUCCUCCAUAUCCACAUUUGCCUUUCACUUCUGGCUAAAACGUCUAUUUACUUUAUGAAAUUGUGUUACUUUUUUUUAGGGAGCAUACUGAACUAGAGCAAUAAUACGAGAAGCAGCACCUUGCAGGUAUAAACAACAUCAAACAUGUUGAAUUGUUUGAUAAAAUACAUAAAGUUUGAUGCUAUCAUCAUAGCAAGCUUUUUAUUUACUUUUUGUUUUUGCAAAAUGUUGGUUUUUUUUUUCUAACAAUUGUAUGUAAAUAUGAUGGCGCUACAAUUGUUUUCUUUUGAUAUUUAAGUUAAACCUGAGUGUUAAGUGUCCCUUAAAAUCUCUUACUAUUACUAAACCUAAACCUGAAAGGAAAAGGGAGAAUAUAAAUUGAACUUGUUGCCAACGGUAAAGCAAUGAUACAAAAACAAGGGAAUGACCCUGGCACAGACUCACCUUUCCUUGGCUGUUUGUUUCAAUGCAAAUGACACAGCCAGAUUUUAGCAUUUCAAAGUUCCUCGAGGGAUUAAAAUGCUGGCCUCUGGUGGCAGAUCCAUUCGUUUUGAGGAGUAUAUGCCUGCCAAAAUAAACUGACACAAAACUCAUACUACAAGAAUCGAUUUGAACCAUUUUUGCACAACAUGAUGCUUUUAAGCUACCAACUUCUGCUUUGCAUUUCACACACAAUUAUGGGUAACAGACAAUAAGGUAUAUAUAUGUAGCACACAUCACCACUAAACAUUAUUAGUAACAUGUUUUUAAAUGAACUAAGGCCAUACUUGUAGAAGCAACAACUCUGACAGCAAUGCCUCAGUCUUUCUAGAAAUAUUUGCUAAGGUAACAAUUUAAACAUGUUUUUACAACAUAUGGUAUGAACAUCACCUCUCGUAUUUUAUAUACAACAGGUUUAACGUUAAAUCUGGAUCAGAGGUCGCCCUGCCAAAGUCAUUUAAUAUGCACCUUUAGCAUUUCAUGUCAGGCUGUAUCAGGGAUGAUGACUGCUUUUCUGAAGAAAUCAUUCCUGAAGCUAAGGGAGAAAUCCCAACUGUUUGCAAUGAAGAUGAUGAUGAGGGAGCUGGGGCGGAAACAGCAAAAGUUGAGAAAGCGCUGAUAUUACUGCUCACGUUUAUGCUGGUUCCGCUUAUAGAACCUUCGGUGGCAGCUUUUGGUGCUGGCGGUCUCUCAAUAUCUGUGAUUCCUUCCAGCAUCUGAACCACUUUUCCCAUCAUUGGCCGAUGAGAAGGCUGUUCCUGGAUGCACCAGAAACUAACCUGAAUUGCCCUAGUUAUUUGCUCCAUGUCCACAUCUUUACUACGAAGCUUUUUAUCAACAAUUCCCUCUAUAUUACCCUUCUCAAA